CAAACACGCGCCAGGUGAACUAAAGCAAGAUGCAGGGCGUGACUUUCAUCCUCUCUGUGGGUCUGCUGCUGGGUCUGACUACUGCUGACCCUGCUGCCGACCCCGCCCCUGCUCCUGCUCCUGCCCCUAAACCGCACCCAAAACCGGCAGCCAAACCCGCGCUGGCAUACGGGUACAAUAUUGGCUACGAUAGCGACGAGAGCCUGGAGAGCAACGAGUACUACGGUAACCUCUACGGAAGACGCGGUAUCGGUUCCAAAUUCGGUACCCAUAAGACUAUCGGUACCAGUGGCUUCAGUAACUACUUCGGGGGCCUGGGCGGCGUUCCCUAUGGUACCGUUGGAGGCGUGGUACCGACACAGUUUGGUACCGUUGGCUACGUGCAACAGCCUGGUAUAUAUGGGGGCCUUGGCACUGGUUAUGGUACCGCUACUGGGUAUGGUACCGCUACUGGGUAUGGUACCGGAUACGGGAGUGCCUAUGGAAGCCCCUAUGGCACCACUGGGUACAAGAACUUCGGCCGUGACUACAGCGAGGAACGGAACAUAGGAUUUGGGGGUCAGAGAUUUGGAUCCUACAAGCAUGGGUUCGGUGGUAGGACUCCUUUCUACUACGGCAGGCAUCGCUAAGGGGGUUCUGAUCCUAUUGUUGCCACCUGUAUCUCUCUGUAUGCAUUGUUAGGGGUAUUAAACUUGAUCUUGAGGUGGUACUAAUGUGUGUAACUGUAUAUCUUUCCCUCCAUCGGUGUAUCUAAUGUAUUACUAAUGGUAUAUAUAGAUUUGCCUUAUAUGCU